GGAGGAAAAUCUCCAGCUGCUUUUGGGGUCUCUAGAGCUCCUGUGUUACAGUGUUCCUGGCCCUGCCUCUUCUCCCCACGAUGCUGGGAAGGGUCCUGUGCACGGUGCUGUUGGUGGGAGCCCUGCCAUCCCCAGCUGGAGCCUCCCAGGGCCACAUCUCCGUGAUCCUGCUGGGAGCCACGGGGGAUUUGGCCAAGAAGUAUUUGUGGCAGGGUCUGUUCCAGCUCUACAGGGACCAAGUGAGCAGCGGCCACAGCUUCACGUUCCACGGGGGGGCCCUGGCAGCUCUGGAGCCGGGGCAGAGGCUGAUGUUUGACGUGCUGAAGAAGCUGUCCUGUCCCCCCGACGAGCCUCCCGACCGCUGCGCCGUGCUCAAGGACCAGUUCCUGAAGCUCAGCCAGUACCACCAGCUGAAAACCGCCGAGAACUACACGGCUCUGAACAGGGAGAUCGAGACCCUGCUCAGCCAGGAGGGGCUGGAGGAGGCUGGCAGGAUCUUCUACUUCUCCGUGCCGCCCUUUGCCUACACGGAGAUCGCGGGGCACAUCAACGGCAGCUGCCGGCCGCGCGCCGGGGCCUGGCUGCGCGUGGUGCUGGAAAAGCCCUUUGGCCACGACCUGCCCUCGGCACAGCAGCUGGCUGCACAGCUGGCAGGCUUCUUCAGGGAGGAGGAGAUGUACCGAGUGGACCAUUACCUGGGCAAGCAGGCUGUGGCCCAUAUCCUGCCUUUUCGGGAUCAGAACCGACAGUUUCUGGACCCCAUUUGGAACCGGCACCAUGUGGAAAGAGUGGAGGUUGUCUUGAAGGAGACUGUGGAUGCUAAAGGGCGCACCAGCUUCUACGAGCAGUACGGGGUGAUCCGGGACGUGCUGCAGAACCACCUCACCGAGGCCCUCCUGUUCCUCAUCAUGGAGCUCCCUGCAAACGUCAGCAGCGCCCAGGAGGUGGUGCAGCACAAGCUGCAGGCCUUCCAGGCCCUGUGGGGGCUGCAGAGGAGCAGUGCUGUGCUGGGACAGUACCAGGCCUACGACAGCCAGGUGCAGGAGGAGCUGCCCGGGGCUCGGGGCCACGUCAGCACCACGCCGACCUUUGCAGGGGUGCUGAUCCACAGCCACAGCCUGCGCUGGGAAGGGGUCCCGUUCCUGCUCACCUCGGGGAAGGCUCUGGAUGAGCGGGUGGGCUACGCCCGCGUGCUCUUCAGGAACAGGGCCUACUGCCCUCAGAGCGGCACGCUGAGGGACGCAGGGCACAGCCAGUGCAAACCCAAGCAGAUCAUCUUCUACUUCGGGCACGGCGCUCUCAACACCCCCGCGGUGCUGGUGAGCAGGAACCUCUUCCAGCCUGCCAUGCCCAAGGACAGCUGGAAGGAGGCAGGAGCUCGCUCAGACCUGCACAUCUUCGGGCAGCCGCUGUCUGAUUUCUACAUGUACAGCCCCGUCAAGGAGAGGGAUGCCUAUUCCGUCCUCAUCUCCCACAUCUACCACGGCAGGAAGGAUUUCUUCAUCACCACGGAGAGCCUGCUGGCUUCCUGGGCCUUCUGGACGCCUCUGCUGGACAGCACGUCCCGGCUGCCCCCGCGCCUCUACCCCGGCGGCGUGGAGAACCAGCAGCUGCUGGACUUUGAGAUGGUGGCCGGGGGGGUGGAGUUCAGCCUGGCAGAGCCGGCAGAGCUGCUGCACCCCGGCGGGCAGAUGCCAAGCGAGUUCAGGGCCAUCCAGUCCCAGUUCCGGCAGAGUCCCCUGGUGUCGGCCUGGCCCGAGGAGCUGAUUGCCCGCCUGGCCUCCGACAUGGAGGCGGCGGCCGUGCAGAGCGUGGCUCGCUCGGGGCAGUUCCACCUGGCCCUGUCGGGCGGCUCCAGCCCCGUGGGGCUGUUCCAGCGCCUGGCCAGGCACCACCACGGCUUCCCCUGGCAGCACAGCCACGUGUGGCUGGUGGACGAGCGCUGCGUGCCCCUGACCGACGGCGAGUCCAACUUCCAGGGCCUGCAGCGGCACCUCCUGCAGCACGUCAGGGUGCCCUACCUCAACAUCCACCCCAUGCCCGUGCACCUCAACCGCCGCCUCUGCGUGGAGGAGGACGGCGGCGCCGAGCUCUACGCCCAGGACAUCGCGGCCCUGGUGGCCGACGCCAGCUUCGACCUGGUGCUGCUGGGCGUGGGCACGGACGGACACACGGCCUCGCUGUUCCCCCGCUCCGAGCACGGCCUGGAAGGGGCCCCCGCGGUGGUGCUGACCGAGAGCCCCGUGAAGCCCCACCAGAGGAUGAGCCUCAGCCUGCCCCUCAUCAACAGGGCCCGGCAGGUGUUCGUGCUGGUGCUGGGCAGGGGCAAGCACGACAUCACCACGCUGCUCAGCAGGGUGGGCCGCGAGCCCCACAAGUGGCCCAUCUCGGGGGUCAGCCCCAGCUCCGGCCAGCUCGUCUGGUACGUGGAUUAUGAGGCUCUGCUGGGGUGAUGCUGCAGUGUCCCUCCUUUGUCUGCGUGGCCUUUACAGCCUGGAUUGUCACACACGAUGUCCUUGUUCCUGCCGUGCCAGCAGCAGCUCCAUCCCUGACACCUCCGGCCUUCAGGGGGAUCCAUGGCCUGCAGCACCUCUGGUGUUUGGGCCUGGGUGAGCUGGGUUCUGUGUUUGGAGCUCAGCAGGAGCCACGAGCCCAGCGUGCCCUUUCUGGCUCUGCUCUGUGUUCUCUGGCCUGCACACCUCUGGUGUUUGAGCCUAGGCUCUGUGUUUGGAGCUCAGGAGGAGCCAUGAGCCCAGCGUGGCGUUUCUGGCUCUGCUCUGGCUUCUCUGGCCUGCACACCUCUGGUGUUUGAGCCUGGGCUCUGUGUUUGGAGCUCAGGAGGAGCCAUGAGCCCAGCGUGGCGUUUCUGGCUCUGCUCUGGCUUCUCUGGCCUGCACACCUCUGGUGUUUGAGCCUGGGCUCUGUGUUUGGAGCUCAGGAGGAGCCAUGAGCCCAGCGUGGCGUUUC